CCGCUAUUAAAUAAAAGAAGAAGAAGGAGAAGAUGGUCUCCUGACUGUAAUAUGGACGCAGCGUGUGAUCGGUACCAGAGAGUAUGUUUGCCGGAGACUCAGCUGGACUUCCCCGGCCAGCCGUAUUCUGUGUCGGUCCUUAAGGUCGGGUACUGCAUCCCUCAGACUAACGGGACAUUCAAAGCCGAUGGGACUAUCACCCUAUUAAGGGGGGUCAGUAACAUCCUGGUGGACACCGGGGGACCGUGGGACCAGCAAUUCCUCCUCGAGUCAUUAAGGCAAAGAGGUCUGGACCCCAGGGACAUCAAUCUGGUGGUGGGGACUCACGGACAUUCAGACCACAUUGGAAAUCUGAAUCUCUUCCCCUCUGCAUUGACAAUAGUGGGACACGAUGUCAGUGAAGGGGACAAUUAUCACUCCAACCAGCUGGCAGAGGGACAGGCCUACACUAUUGAUGAGCAUGUAUCUGUGGUUCCCACCCCAGGCCACACAGGACAAGAUGUCAGCGUCCAAGUGAAGGGUACAUCGUUUGGAACCAUACUUGUUGCAGGGGACUUAUUUGAGUGCUGGUCUGAUGACAACAGCUGGAAGGAUUUGAGUAUGAAUAGCGCAGUCCAGGAGGUCAGUCGACAGAAGGCCCUAAAAACUGCUGAUGUCAUCAUACCUGGACACGGGCUUCCUUUUAGAGUCUUCAGGAGCUGAUAAAGUUGAGAUGUUGGACUGGUGAUAGCUAGAUAACUUGUAUAUCCUAAUCUCUUUGCGUGAGCUUUAUGGCUGUUAACUCAGCUAAAGUUUAGACUGAGUAAUCCUUCUCAAUAGGACAUGUUCUUACACGAGGAUUGAGUCAUCUACAUUUUGUUUAUGGUUCUUCAGAGUAUAUGAUUUGUAAACUUUGAGUUUUUGAGUUUAGUUAUUGAAGAAUCCUUCAUAUCUGCUGCCUGAAAAUAAAUAUUUCAAUCAAUCUUGUGAAUGGUUACCAGAACUCAUUGAACCUGGACAGUUGUCAUGGUAAAUAAAGCCUGAAUGAGUGAUGGAAUGCUUUGGGACUCUUUAAAAUAUGAAAUUCCCAGUUUGCACGUGCCCUUUACUUCCAGUGUCUAAGGAAUGACACUGAUAUUGAAUAUUUUGCCAUAACAUGUGACUUUUUAAAAUAAAGUAUAAUAAUUAAAGGCUA